UUUUCCUCCAUCACUUGAAACCAACAAAACCCAAACAAAACAACCCUCCGAAAUCUCCUCCAACAAGUUAAAUCAGAAUCAUGGCUUCUUCUUCCAAAUUCUUCCUCGUUGCUCUCGUCCUCGCCGUCACAUUGUGCAACAUGGGAAAUGGAAUGGCGGCACGACAGCUCCUCCAGCUGCCCAAACCCGGCGCAUUGCCUCCUAUGCCCACCAUCCCAUCUCUGCCUCAGCCCACCCUGCCGCUACCAAAUCUGCCGUCCGGAGGAGGAUUACCACCGCUCCCCAGCGCCGGCGCCGCCAUGCCCACCAUCCCAUCUCUGCCAACCGGAGGAGCAUUGCCACCACUUCCCAGCGCCGGCGCCAUGCCCACCCUGCCGUCCGGAGGAGGAUUGCCGCCACUCCCCAGCGCCGGUGCCAUUCCCGCCAUGCCCACCAUUCCUUCCAUGCCAAAGGUUUCUCUGCCGCCGCUGCCUAGCGGUUUUCCUACCAUUCCUUCCAUCCCCGGCCUUACCCCGGCAGGCCCUGGCAACUGAUCAGUGAAGUAGUACACGAAGUUGGUGGAUGUCUUGCGAUUUCUUGUGUAGAGGGCUCAUUGUUUGUUUUUUGUGGUCUGGUUGUUGUUUGAGUUUCUUGGCUUGUAUAUUUUUGUUCACACUAUUGUAUGCAUCACUUGUAUCAUUUGUCUGUUUCAUUAUGCUACUUUUGAGUUUCCAGCACUUCAUUAUAUAUGUUACUUCUACAUAUGAUUUUCAUUGCAUUUCUCAUUUAUGGUAAUGUGACAAGAUAAGUAGAUAGAUUGUCAAUACAAGCCAUACUCGAAGCGUUGAAACUGGUAGCUGACGCAACACGACCUCAAUUAAAAUGAUGGUCAAAAGUACUAAUUAUUAAUCAAUGAUGGUCAAAAGUACUAAUUAUUAACCACGUUAAAUCAAUGAUGGUCAAAAGUACUAAUUAUUAACCAUGUUUUUUGGAAUCCUGUUGUCGGUCACCGCAAUAUACUAUUUGUGGUCGGAAUCCUCCCACCUUGAUCGGAAUAUGCUAACCAUCACUGGAAUAUGCUAACCAUCGCCGAAAUAUGUCGUGGUCAGAAUAUGCUUACCGGCGCCAUAAUCUGGUCAUCGGCACCGAAAUAUACUUAUCGGCAUCGG